CUAUUGAUCAAGUCAAGAUCAUAUGAAUUUGAUAUAGUUCUUUAUUGUUUGUAUGUCUCACUAGAAGGAUCACUUACGGCAAGCAUCACUGGUAAUAUCUUGGAAAAGUUCAUGUUUCUGUUUUGUGUAGUGUUAGCAUCAAUCUUUCACAAAAUGAUCUUUAAUGGAUGUAAUUUAUAACACCUGUCGCAUUAUACAUUUUCCAUCAGUCUUUCAGGUUGAUGGAAAACUACACCUACAACAGCUUGACGCUCCAGCUGGAGGGGUUAAAUGUCUCCAAGGAUUCCCUCUACCCUGCCUUUUUCUUCUUCCUUUUCUCCUACCUCUUUAUUAUGAUUGCAAAUUUAGGUAUUGCUUUUAUGGUUUUCAUUGACGAGAACCUUCACCAGCCUAUGUACCUACUUUUUUGCAACCUUCCUUUUAAUGACAUCAUUGGAAACUCUAUCAUGGUGCCUCGUGUGCUGAUGGACAUGUUGCGGCCGCCUUCUGAGCGCCUCAUCAGUUAUUCUGAGUGUGUUGUGCAAGCUUUCACCACACACAUGUUUGGUACCACAUCCCACACAGUGCUUAUGAUCAUGGCCUUUGAUAGAUACGUGGCCAUCUGUAAUCCUCUGCACUAUACAACAAUAAUGAGCAACAGAAUGGUGAUGAAGCUGACAGUUUCUGCCUGGGGGGUGGCUUUUGCAUUGGUUGCGAUUCUUCUCGGUCUGACCAUGCGUCUGAACCGCUGCAGGUCUGUGAUCAUGAAUCCUUACUGUGAUAAUGCCUCCUUGUUUAAACUAUCCUGUGAAAGUGUUUUUAUUAAUAAUGUAUAUGGCCUCACUUUCACUGUGGUCUUGUUCACCUCCUCUAUAGGAAGCAUUGUUCUCACUUACACAAAGAUCACAGUAGUUUGUCUGAUGAGUAAGAACAAGUCUUUGAACAGUAAAGCCUUAAAGACCUGCAGCACUCACCUCUUUGUGUAUCUCAUCAUGAUGUUUAGUGGAUGCCUUGUAAUCUUUCUGCAUCGCUACCCUCAGUACUCAGACUACAGAAAAUUGUCAAGCAUUUUAUUUCAUAUCAUCCCUGGAAGCCUCAAUCCCAUUAUAUACGGCGUACAGUCCAAAGAGAUUCGGAAAUUUUUGUUAAAGUUCUUUCGGCACAAGAAAGUUGUGGCAUCAUGACAGAGACUAUUUAAAAAAAAGUUUUCUACUAUUUUCAUUGAUCUAGUGCUUGUCCUUUUAUACAUAAGAGUAAAGCUGAUAACAGGCUUUCUUUGUGUUACAGCUUGAUAAUAACAAAGUCAUAAGUGUACUGUGGUAAUAUCAUGAAGUGGCUGUCUGUAACUGUCUAUAUACAGACAAAUACCCUUUUUGUUUUCCAUCAAUAAUUAAAAUAAU